AUGGCAGAUGGCACGGCGUCCUCGGAUGAUGGCAGGGACGGGCGGGAGCCGGAGGCGAGCAGCAGCGGCGAUGAGGGAGAGGCGGAGCAGCGGCGGCAGGGUCAGCAGCAGCAGCAGCAGGAGCAGCGGCGCGUGAAGGGCCGCGGCCAGCGCCAACAGCGGCAGCAGGACUCAGGGGGCAACGUCGGUUUGGGCGACACGGACACGCACACGCGCCAGGAGUCGACAGAGGGCGAGCAGGCGGGCGCAGAGGCAGACGGGGAGGCCGAGGGAAGGCGGCGGCGGCGGUCGCGGCGGCAGGGACAGCUGGAGAUGGAGGGGCCUCUGGGGGUGUUCCCAGUGGAGGCCAUGCCCGGCUGCGAGGAGUGCGGGUUCAGCAGGGCCGGCUGCCGCGAGUGCACCGAGCGCCCCGCCGCGCGCCGCCCCGCGGCGCGGUGGCACCCACACGAGGGGCGGCGCCAGGACGGCGUGCCCGCGGCCCCUGUCUUUCGGCCGUCGGUUGAGGAAUUCAGGGACCCGCAGGCUUUCAUUGCCAGGAUCUACCCUGAGGCCUCCAAGUGUGGCAUAUGCCAGGUCAUCCCCCCAGAGGGGUGGUGUCCGCCCUUCACGGCCGCCGCCGGCAGCGCACGCGGUUCCGGCGCCGGCGCACUCUCCGUGCGGACGACGCGGCAGCCAGGCAGCCGCUCUGGCCUCGACGGCGGCCGCGCCGCGCCGGCGGCGGGCGGCGAGGCGUCGUUUACAGGGAAGCAGGAGGAUGAGCAGCAGCGAGAGCAGCAGACCAGGCUUGGGGGCGCGCCGGGAUCCGGCAUGGCAGACGGCGUGCGCACGCUCCAAGCGUUCAAGGCCUAUGCUGACUGGGCAUGUGCCAUGCAUUUCGGCGGGGAGCAGCAGCAGCAAGGGGAGGCUUUGGAAGGGGAGGAGGGCGGGCAGGGCCGCUCAGCUGAGGAGCAGCCGCAGCAGCGCGCCGGCGGCCGGCAGCGGCGCGGCCUGCCGCCGCAGCAGGCGCAGCCGGCUGCGCGGCGGCGCAGGGGCGGCAGGGCGGAGGGUGCAGGGGCGGCGGACGGCGCGGAGGAUGGCGGCGAGGGGGACGAUGACGAGGAUGUGCCUCGAAGCAGCAAGCGCCCCGCAAGGGCCGGCGCCAGGGGCGCGCGGGGCCUGCAGCAGCAGCAGCAGCAGCAGCAGCAGGAGGAGGGGCCGCGCCCGCCUGCCUCAGGCGGGCGUGCGCCGCACGCGAGUGCCGCUGGGCUGGCGGCGCUCCCGUCGGGCUUUGUGCCGCCGGCGGUGCCGAUUGAGGCCGUGGAAGCGGAGUUUUGGGGAUGCGUGGAGCGGCCCCAAGGCGGGUGUGGCGUGGAAGCCUUGGCUGCAGACAUAGAGGCCAACCCCCGCCCCGGCCCGCCGCCGGGCGCAAAGGGCGCGCGCCCCGAGCACCCCUGGGCCGCCUUGGCACUCUCGCGCCACGCGGGCUGCGCGCUCCGCUACCUGCCCGCCGGCAGCACGGCAGCCGCGGCCGCGGCGCCACGGCUGCGGGCGGGGUCGGCGCUGGCAGCGGACGGGUGGCGGGGCGAGGAGCUGGGGCUGUACUCUAUUACAUACCUCCAUGUGGGGGCGCCCAGGGUUUGUUACGGGGUCCCCAGCUCAGCCGCGGAAGCCGUGGAGGCGGCGCUGCAGCAGGAAGCCCACCCAGGCCUCGCCAACGGCGCGGCGCACGGCCAUCAGCCCCCGCCCCUGCUCCUCAGCCCCUCCGAGCUGCGCGCGCGCGGCGUCCCGGUCCACAGGGCAGUCCAGGAGGCGGGCAGCUUCCUGGUCGUGCUGCCGGGCGCGCGGCACCUGAGCUUCGACGCCGGAUUCAACGUGUAUGAGGCGGCUGCGUUUGGCCCGGGGAGCUGGCUGCCGUUUGCAUCAGACGCAGCGCGGAUAGGCGACCGGGAUCAACGGCGCAAUUCAGCGGGUUUUGAUGAGCUGCUCGUGACGCUCGCCCGCGCGGCGCCCCGCGUUGCCGCCGCGCGCGGCGCCGGCUGCGACGAGGACGGGCGGGACUGCGUCUGCAAGCCGCGCGGCCGCGGCCGCGGCGCGGCUGGCGCAGGCAGUGGCGCAGGAACACUGGCGGGCGCCGGUAACGGCCUGGCGGCGCCCAGGUCGAGCGAGGUGGAUGCAUCGGGCGGCAGCAAUAGCGGCAGCGGGAGCCGGACAGUCAGUCGUGGCGGAGCGAGCGGCAACAGCGGCGGCGACAAGGGCGGCGGCAGCAGCACCAGCAGUAGCGGCAGCGACUCUGGCGGAGACGGCGACGCGACGAGCGAGGAGAGCAGCAGCAGCAGCGACAGCGACGGCGGCAGCGUCAGCAGCGGCAGCAGCGAAGACACGGAGGUGGGCGAGGGCUCGCCCUGCCAGAACGGCGGCGGCGCGGCAACGUCAGACGAUGCCGGAGGUGACGAGGUGUGUAUCAGUCUGGCCAGUGAAGAUGAGGAGGACUGGUCCUGGCUCGGCUGGCGCGGCGAGGCCGCGUCAACAAACGGCAGCGGCGCAGCGGCCGCCGCCGCACCGGCGGCCUCGGACGGCUGCGGCUGCAGCGGCGCGGGCGCCUGCGCAGCGGCGGGCGGCGGGCGCGGCGGCGUUGGCGCCGCGACGGCGGGCGGGUGGGGCGGCGGGGCGCGGUUGAGAGAUGCGCCGAAGGCGGUCGUGCUGUAUGCUGUGGGGGAGCUGGUGCUGCGCGUGCAGGAGGAGCAGCGGCAACUCGCGGCGGCGCAGAGGUUCGGCGUCCAGCAG